UACCAAGUGGUCGGUGUUUUGCUUAUCGCUUUCGUUAUGAGUACUGACACUGCUGUCAGAAUUCUUAUUUAGAUCGUGAUUUUUGUUGUAAUUGAGGCUACUGUGGCCCUCAUAUUUAGAUAAUUAUAUCCAAAGUAUACCUAGUAAUGGCAUAUCAGUUUGCUGGGGUUAAUUUAAUCCGGAUUAUUGAGCAUGUGGAGAGGCAAAGAUUCAAUGCCGAUGAUCCGUUCGAAUUCUCUGACUUUAAUUUUGUGAAAUUAUAUCGUCUGCGAAAACAGGACGUGCAAAAUUUGGAAGAAAUGUUACAGCCAUUUUUACCAGUACAUCCUAGAUCGCACGCGAUAAGUAAUCGCACGAAGAUACUGUCUGCCUUGCGUUUCUUUGCAAGUGGAAGCUACCAGCUGGAUGUAGGCAGAAAUCAUACAGUAACUCUCAGCCAGCCAUCGAUUUCUAGAACUUUACAUGAGGUGUUGGGAGCAUUCAACACUCCAGAAAUAUUGAAUAGAUAUGUCCAUUUUCCAAACACAAUUCAAGAGUUAACCAACACCAGAGAAAGAUAUGUGAUGAAAAUUUGAAAAUAAUGAACGUAAACAGUCGCUUUCCUGGCAGCACCCAUGAUAGUUUUAUAUGGAGUCAGUCACGAGUUGGGGAAUUUUUGAGAACAUUGUCUGAAGAAUAUAUGGGCAGCUUCUACUUACUAGGUGACUCUGGAUACCCUCUACGCCCCUGGUUGAUAACCCCUUACCUACCAGAACCACCUCAAGACACUCCAGAAUCAAGAUUCAAUAAAAAAAUUAAGCAUAUCCGGGUUUCCAUAGAACAAUGCUUUGGGUUAUUAAAAAACAGAUUUAGGUGUCUACUGAAAGAUAGAGUUUUACAUUAUGCACCAAAAACUUGUGCAAAAAUCGUAAACAGUUGUGCCGUGUUGCACAACUUAUGCUUAGAAAAUAAUAUUCCAUUAUAUAAUGAUCAGGAAGAUGUAGGUGAUGGUAACAACUUCAGUGAUGCCUUGGCAGAAGAGAGGGGCAACUUGCCACAUAAUAAUUUUUUGGAGAGGGGUCGACACAUACGAAAUUUCCUAGCGAGAACUUAUUUUUGAAAUAAAUGAAUGGAUACACUAUAGUAUAUUUAUCACAAUAAAAGAGUA